UGGCAAAGAAGGAAGCCUUGUGAGAAAACGAAAUCGAGAGAGCGCCCUCUGUAGGAAAGGCUGUUCGCACUAAGCUCUUGAUCCCAAUCAUCGCCAUAUUGACGUCCCUACAGCGCUGAAAGGAUAUACUGUCGUUGUGUAGCCCCCAGUGAUGACUGCAUUGAAUCCUGUACCUCCUGAUUAGACUGGUUGGAUGCCCCUAUUUAACAUUCAGAUUUUUCAUCUAAGGCAUCUACACCACUCCUGUUUAUAUUUAUAUAUUACCAGCUUCCUGGAGGAAACCUCCCAGGAGAUUUAGAGAAGAUUUCGUAUAGAAUAUGUCUGGCCCUGUUCCAAGCCGCUCUCGAGUUUACCCUGAUGUAAACACACAGAGACCUCGGGAAUACUGGGACUAUGAGUCCCAUGUUGUUGAAUGGGGGAACCAAGAUGACUAUCAGUUAGUCCGAAAACUGGGAAGAGGCAAAUAUAGCGAAGUGUUCGAAGCAAUUAACAUCACAAACAAUGAAAAAGUGGUCGUCAAAAUACUCAAGCCCGUCAAGAAAAAGAAAAUCAAGCGAGAAAUAAAGAUUCUGGAGAAUCUGCGUGGUGGCCCAAAUAUCAUCUCCCUGUUAGAUAUUGUCAAAGAUCCUGUGUCCCGUACCCCUGCUCUUGUUUUUGAACAUGUGAACAACACAGACUUCAAGCAAUUGUACCAAACCCUAUCUGACUUCGACAUACGGUUCUACAUGUAUGAAAUCUUAAAGGCUCUGGAUUACUGCCACAGUAUGGGUAUAAUGCACAGAGAUGUUAAGCCACACAACGUUAUGAUUGAUCAUGAACACAGAAAGCUUCGUCUAAUCGACUGGGGUUUGGCAGAAUUCUAUCAUCCCAACCAAGAAUACAACGUGAGAGUGGCCUCCAGGUACUUUAAAGGACCUGAACUGCUGGUAGACUACCAGAUGUAUGACUACAGCUUGGACAUGUGGAGCCUGGGUUGUAUGCUCGCCAGUAUGAUCUUCAGAAAGGAGCCUUUCUUCCACGGCCAUGACAACUACGAUCAGCUGGUGCGGAUUGCCAAAGUUCUGGGCACUGAGGACUUGUAUGACUACAUUGACAAAUACAACAUUGAGUUGGAUCCACGGUUCAACGACAUCCUGGGAAGACACUCUCGCAAAAGGUGGGAGAGGUUUGUGCACAGUGAGAACCAGCACCUGGUCAGCACAGAGGCCCUGGACUUCCUGGACAAACUGCUGCGCUAUGACCACCAAGCUCGACUCACAGCCAGAGAGGCAAUGGAUCAUCCCUACUUCUAUCCUAUCGUCAAAGAUCAGGGAAGGGGGGCCACUCCAGGAGGGAUGGCUGCCAGCUCUACACCAGUCAGCUCCUCAAGUAUGAUGGCUGGCAUCACCUCAAUGUCCUCCACACAGCCACUGGCUAACAUUGCUGGAUCACCCGUCAUCUCUGUUCCAAACACUUUGGCUACACAAGUCCCUGCAGCCUCUGGGGCCCAACCCUGAAGCCACUUGUUCACCUGUGUUUAAUGUGUGCUCAUGGCCGUGUCCUGCCUAGAUCUCACUGUGGCCCAGGGCCAUGGCUCCCCUUUUUAUGUUGAAAAAUAACAAAGAAGUAAAUUUAAAUUGCUUUUCACCUUCAGUUAUAUUUUGACACCUGGACUUGACAGAAAUGUAUUGUUGCACCUGUCAGGAUUAUUAGAAUUAAUUUGGGUGUGUUAUUUGACAAUGACAUUGUCUAGAAAUUCUAAUAAGAUGUAGACAUGAAGAGAAUGGAUAAUAAUAAACUUUAUUUUGUAUGUUCCAAAUAUACAGUCUUGCUUGAAACUGUUUGAUGGGCAUCCUGCUGUAUUACACUGUGAACCUUUACACGACUUCACAAACAGAGUCAGGAAUCUGGCGUCCCCCCCCCCCCCCACCCCUCCCCCUCCCGUUAACAGUGCUCGCUGGUUGCACACUGUAAUGUGCAGGAGUUGAUGUUUUGAAGCUGUUAGAUGCUAUCAUUCUUUAAUUGGACUUUUGUAGAUAUUCUACAGUUACUGUCAGGUUGCAUGCACCCAAUGCUGAAUAUCACAGGGUCAAUAGUUUGCCAAUUUUAUGUUACCUUCACUUCUGUAUGUGUAUGUAUGUGUUCAUGUUUGUUUUUUAUGAAGUCUCUUACACAUGAUUUUGAUUACAUAGACAAUUUUGUAACUUUUGUUUUAUGUUGGGAGGGAGUCAUCACCUACAAAAAACAACUUCAAAAAUAAACAAUUUAAACAGGG